UAUCACCCCGGCGGCCUACCUCCCCUCUCCAUCCACGACAAAUUACACAAUGGAUGCUACAAAUUGUUGCAUAAGGUUGGGUUUGGGGGUUCGUCGACUGUUUGGCUGGCUAGGGAUUCGGAAGGAGGGGGGUUGGUUACAAUCAAAGCUAUGCGGGCGGAUGUGCUCGCUGGGAAGACGAUCGACGACCUCCCCGACGUCCGCAUCCCUAACCUCCUCCACGCCACUUCUGUCUCGAAACACCUCCUCACCCCCCUCUCCGCCUUCACCCACCUCACCCCCAACGGCCUGCACCCCUUCCUCGUCUUUCCCUUCUUCGGACCGAGCGUG